AUGGCAGUCAAACAAGCUCACAACGAGCUUGCGGAAUGCUACUACCACAGAUUGCGACAGGCCUUCUUCGGCAACCGAAACUACGAAGGGAUGGAGGAAGACACGAAUUUCAGGGCCCUGUACCUCCAAAACCUCCACCCCAACCUUAGCCAGCUACUAGGCGUGUACGCCUGCCCCCUUACACAGGACAUACGGCAACUGAAGACCCUGGUGGCACGAGCACAAGGCAAACAUCUGCUCAAGACACAGGCGAAGCCGCACACCCAACCUACAGUGUACAGCGUGGAAAACCACAUGGAACUGGAAGGCGCACCAACGGCCCGGAAACACAAAUGGGGAACCGACCACGGACCCCAGAGGAAUAACCACAAACACACGGACCCGAAGAACGGACAGCCACGCGACCAGCACCUCCCGCAAUACGGCGAGAGACGCGCCGGCCAGGCCGACGGGAAAGACCGCGCGCCACAACGGUCCCACCAAGACCGCACUGCCACAACCAUUAAUAAGGACAACCUUUCUAGGGAGGAACAAUCCCUCCUCCGCACGCUCCUGCGCAAAGCCAGAGAGAAGCCAGACAACGCCGACGUGUUCGCAGUGUCCGUGUCGGAUGACGCCGAGAACGCUCCCUACCACAUGGACGACGGCCUCGGCGGACAGGAGCUAAAUGACGACUACUCAAACGCACCAACGGUGGACACCUGCUACGACCAGAGGGAUGUCAUGGUAAUACAGGUAAACUCCAUCACAGACCCACGAGAGGACGGCCCCUCGACAACCAUCUGCGAACCACCGUUCCACCAAUUCAUGGGCGACCUACAACAAAGAGGUACCUACGGGAAACUCUACCUGCCCGUAAUACUCGAAGACCAAUGGGAACACGAGGCGCUCGUGGACACAGCUGCCGAUAUCAGCCUGAUUGGCGAAGACCUCUUCGGUAAGUUACAGUCUAUGGCCAGUAAAUCCCACAGACACCUAAAAACGCAGCCAUGCGACUUAGGAAAUAACACCCUAUUCCCAGGUGGAUACGACCAUACGUAA